AAGUUUUUUAGUCUGCUGUCUGCUUCAAAUUAGUUAUUAGCGCAGUACACUCUGUGUCUCGCAACUAUCGACCAGGUUUAUUGACUAACCGUAUUUUUUAGUAUGAUUCCGAGAUGAAAAUUGUUUUAAUUUCAUAAUUAAAUAUAUUUAUGAUCGUGAGAUACUUACAAAAAGUAUCGCCCUUCCAUCAGUAUCACCUGGCUUCUCAGCUUGAUUAUACAAAUUUAAAACGACAAUGUAAAUAAAUUCAAGAGAUGGCUUGGUCGUGGCACUGCCAAAAAAUCAACCGUUCUGACUGAUUAUCGAAAUCUUCAGUUAUGGAAUUCAUUGGUACGAGACAUAAGAAAAAACGCAAGCGUAAACGUGCCCUGAUCAGUAACAAGAGUCGAAGAAGACGGCAACGAGUCGAUGCAAUUAAAUGUGAGGUUAAGUACGCGAGACAUCAGAAAAUUGCAGUAACGACGCCAGCGUCCAGUAGCAAUAACAACGAGCAGCAAAGUUUUACCUGUAAAAAAAUUGAACCGUCUUCAAGCAAUAGCCCUUAUGCCAUGGAAGCAAGUGCAUUUUGGGAGAAUUACGAUGCAGCUCAUGAAUGGCAAAAGAAGCACAAUGUUACUUGGUGGAAAACUAGAUGUUUCGCUUUAGAGCACGAGAAUCAUAUUCUUAGAGAGACCAUUCGAAGAUUGCGACAGCAUCCUGAAGCGGAUAUCACGAGUUUUCCUCAACCUUGCCAAAACAUGCAGAGCCAACAAGUUCACCAAACCUUCGAAUCCGCUUAUAUGGAUGAUGAUGAUAACGAACAUAUCGAAGAUGACUUACAAUUUUGUAUGAAUGAAGAUAUGAUGAACUUUUUAGCACAGAGCAUUCAACAUAAAAAAGAAUUACAAAACCAAAAAGAAGCAAAUAAAGACACUUUAGCUGCAAAUAAUGAAGACCAAACAAAAAUUGAUAUUGGAGUGAAUCGGAUCAGUAAUAAACUCAAAGAUGCUCGCUUACUUUAUGGUGAAGCAAGUUCUAAAAUUUUGGGCAUGGAGACAGCUCUUCAGACAACAAUUGAUAGGCAUAAGGAUAAAACUAAACCACAGUAUUGGCCAAACAUACCUUUGCGUCUAUGAAUCAUUUCGAAAAAAUAAUUUAUUUUUCUAGAACUAAAUUUUGUUUAUAAUUUACAUUUAUAUAUUACUUAAAAAAUAA